AUGUCCACUGCAUCAAAAGUUAAAUUACCUUCCAUCGCUGAACUCACAAACAAUCUGCACCUGCCAAAGUCAAGUCUCGAUGCUCUGCCUUUGCUGCUGAUAUUCAGAGCUCCAGUACCAGCUGCCAGACAGCUGCCGCUUGCUCAACUGGACCAGCGUGUGGCUGCUCCACCUGCUGCUGUUCCAUACCAUCUUCAGACCGGUCCCCAGCCUGCCAAUCCACAACACUAUCAUCACUACUCUCAUGCCAAUGUGCCCCCACCUCCUGGCUACUACCAACCUUCAUACUAUCACCCAGCAUACUACCUGCCAGUUGUCACCCCUGCAAAUGCAAACUAUGUUCAUCUGCCGCAGGAAGCGAAGCCAUACUCUGUUCCGGAAGUGAUCAAUAAACCUAUGAACAAGUGUCACCGUUGUGGAACUACUGAGACCCCAGAAUGGCGCAGGGGCCCCAAUGGCUUGCGCACACUAUGCAAUGCGUGUGGACUUUUCCAUGCAAAGCUUGUCAAGCGUAAAGGUGCUGUGUUGGCAGCCGAAGAAGUGCUCAACAAUAAGGUAUGCAAAGGAAAGAAUGGCCGCCGUGUAUCCAUCAAGAAACAGGCUUUGGAUGAGUCCAAGAAGCGUAUGCGUGAGGCACAGGUGACGGAGAUUCCUCCUAUUCCUUAUACUGCACCACCAGUGGUUGGAGCUCCUCAGCAUCAUCCUUCUAUGGCUGGUGCUCAACCCCCACUUCCACAGGUUCCUCUUCCGUCGGUGCCGGGCACUGAAUACCUGUACCAUGUACAACCAGAAAUGGGAUCCAUGCCCUUGCCAGGAUUGGCGCAAUGGGGCCAUCGGAUGGCUUUACCACGCCCUGUGUUGAACAGUCCUUACCAAUCAUUGCCUCCACUCAGAAACUGA